AUGUGCUGCCGCAAGAAGCGCAACGCCGCUUAUUACACCGCCCCGGCAGCGACUUAUUCACCCACAGCGCUCCCGGGUCCGUAUGGAACCGUCUGCGGUCAGUCUCCCCCCUCGCAUCGCCGGGGCUGCCGCCGGGGCUGCAGACGUCGCCGGGGCGGUCCUAUCACAAUGCUAUUCCGAGCAAUCAAGGAACACCUCGAAGCCAGACAGAGCCAAGUGAUUGCGAGCGGCCCGGCGGCCAACGUAGACCCGAGAUCCCCGUUUCAAUACGUGAGAAAUGACCAUGGAUCUGAUUUUGAUGAGAACAAGGAGAAGUUUGUGGAAGAAGAUGCGCGCAGGGGAUCAUUGAAUGGCGCUGAGGAGGAUGGGCUCCCGAUCAGUGAGCCUCCGCCCAGUUAUGAUAUGGUUCAACAGAGCGAGAAGGGACAGUAG